AUGAACCAGCACAUCAUCCGUCACUCCCUCAACCUGCACAGCUGCCACACGCGGCACAUGGACGAGGUUGAAGCGGCGAUGCACAUGGUGCGCCCCGGCCCCGGCCCCGGCGCCAAGCGGUGGAGCGCCGAGUUCGACCGGCUCAUGGUGCCGCGGAUGAAGGACGCGCUGCAGGGAAGAUUCAGGGAGCUGGGGAAGGCGGGGGUGUGGCGGUAUGAUGAGGAUGGUGAGGUGGUGUAUGAGGAGUGGGCGAAGGCGUUUGUGAAGGAGGAGUGGGAUGGGGUCAGUUUUUCGAAGGAGGAUGCGGAGCGGUUGUUGGCGCUGGAUGAGAAGGAGGUUGAGAAUGAGAGUGAGAAGGAGGAAGAGGAGGAGGAGCAGGAUGACGCUGCCGCGGAGCUUGACGCCCUCUCAUUCGCCGACCUCCGCAAUCUUAUGCUCGAAGCAGCCGGCAACUUGUUCGAUUUCAAGGUGCACCUCGACUUCCUCGAGCAUGGCAUUGCGCGCGCCGGCGCCGAAGAGCGGGCGGAGGCCGAGGCGAUGCGCGACCGGUGUCUGGAGGAGCUACGGGUACUAGAGGGCGCGCUGGACCGUGCCGCGGUGCGGGAGUUGGAGAUCCGGGAGGUGGGCGGGGCGAAGGCGCCGCCGAUGGGUGCUAUUUGGGAGCGGCUGCUUGGAGGAGUGGUGCGCAAUGCAAAUUGA